GGCCCGGGCUGCCCGCAGCUGCAGAUCGCCGGGUAAUGAGAUGCUAAUGAGGCGCGAAUAAAGCCUCCGCGGGUUGCGCGUCCCGUGCGGAAGCUCACACCCAGACUGAAUCCACGGCCCCGCGCUGCCGGGGUGCAGUCCUGCAGUCGCGGCUUUUGGUCCGCGCCGCUCCACCUCCACUACCGCCUUCUCUCCGUCCCCGGCCCCCCACCCGCCCCGACUGGGACACCCGCUGGGCAGGAAGCGGCCCCCUCCGGGCUCCCGAGCCCCCGCCUCCUCCCUUCUCUCCCUCCCUUCUCUCCAGCAGCCACGUGCCUCUGCCCCUCCCUGGGAGUCCCAGGGGUCUCCAUGGCCUCAGCUACCUCCACCAACCCAGCACAUGCCCACUUUGAGAGCUUCCUGCAGGCCCAGCUGUGCCAGGAUGUGCUGAGCAGCUUCCAGGGGCUAUGCAGGGCCCUAGAGCUGGAGCCCGGCGGGGGGCUGCCACAGUACCACAAGAUCAAGGCCCAGCUCAACUACUGGAGCGCCAAGUCCCUGUGGGCCAAGCUGGACAAGCGAGCCAGUCAGCCUGUCUACCAGCAGGGUCGAGCCUGCACCAGCACCAAGUGCCUGGUGGUGGGUGCGGGACCUUGUGGGCUGCGGGCUGCUGUGGAGCUGGCAAUGCUCGGGGCCCGGGUGGUGCUGGUGGAAAAGCGCACCAAGUUCUCUCGCCACAACGUGCUCCACCUCUGGCCCUUCACCAUCCAUGACCUUCGGGCACUCGGCGCCAAGAAGUUCUAUGGGCGCUUCUGCACAGGCUCCCUGGACCACAUCAGCAUCCGGCAACUGCAGCUGGUUUUGUUGAAAGUGGCAUUACUGCUGGGGGUGGAAAUUCACUGGGGUGUCACUUUCACUGGCCUCCAGCCCCCUCCCAAAAAGGGGAGUGGUUGGCGUGCCCAGCUCCAGCCCAACCCUCCAGCUCAACUGGCCAACUAUGAAUUUGAUGUCCUCAUCUCUGCUGCUGGAGGUAAAUUCGUUCCUGAAGGCUUCACGGUGCGAGAAAUGCGUGGCAAACUGGCCAUUGGCAUCACAGCCAACUUUGUGAACAGACGCACCGUGGAAGAGACACAGGUGCCCGAGAUCAGUGGUGUGGCCAGGAUCUACAACCAGAGCUUCUUCCAGAGCCUGCUCAAAGCCACAGGCAUUGAUCUGGAGAACAUCGUGUACUAUAAGGAUGACACCCACUACUUUGUGAUGACAGCCAAGAAGCAGUGCCUGCUGCGGCUGGGGGUGCUCCGCCAGGACUGGCCGGAGACCGACCGGCUGCUGGGCAGUGCCAAUGUGGUGCCCGAGGCUUUGCAGCGCUUUGCUCGGGCAGCUGCCGACUUCGCCACCCACGGCAAGCUCGGGAAGCUGGAGUUUGCCCAGGACGCCCAUGGGCGGCCUGACGUUUCUGCCUUUGACUUCACAAGCAUGAUGCGGGCAGAGAGCUCUGCUCGGGUGCGGGAGAAGCACGGCGCCCGCCUGCUGCUGGGGCUGGUCGGGGACUGCCUGGUGGAGCCCUUCUGGCCCCUGGGCACUGGAGUGGCCCGGGGCUUCUUGGCAGCCUUUGAUGCCGCCUGGAUGGUGAAGCGGUGGGCAGAGGGCACCGGGCCCCUGGAGGUGUUGGCAGAGCGAGAGAGCCUGUACCAGCUCCUGUCCCAGACAUCCCCGGAGAACAUGCACCGCAAUGUGGCCCAAUAUGGACUGGACCCGGCCACCCGCUAUCCCAACCUGAACCUUCGGGCUGUGACCCCCACUCAGGUACGAGACCUGUAUGAUGUGGAGGCCAAGGAGCCUGUGCGGAAGAUAAGUGACAAAAUGGACUCAGGAAAGCCAGCCACUGGGUCGGUGGGCACCCAGGAGGAGCUGCUACGCUGGUGCCAGGAGCAGACGGCUGGGUACCCAGGUGUCCAUGUCACUGACCUGUCUUCUUCCUGGGCUGACGGGCUGGCUCUGUGUGCCCUGGUGCACCGGCUGCGGCCUGGCGUACUGGAACCCUCGGAGCUGCAGGGAGUGGGGGCUUUGGAAGCAACUUCUUGGGCACUGAAGAUGGCAGAGCAUGAGCUGGGCAUCACGCCGGUCUUGUCUGCACAGGCAGUGGUGUCCAGGAGCGACCCACUGGGCCUCAUCGCCUACCUCAGCCACUUCCACAGUGCCUUCAAGAGCACACCCCACAACCCAGGUCCCGUCAGCCAAGGCACUCCGGGCACCGCCAGCGCUGUACUCUUCCUUGGCAAACUGCAGAGGACACUGCAACGGACCCGGGCCCAGGCAGAUGGGGAGGACGCAGGUGGCAAGAAGCCCCGCCUGGAGAUAAACACACACGGGUUGGACAGUCCCUUCCACGAGGUCGAGGCUGACACUCCAGGUACCAAGGAGCCAUAUGUCCCAGAGCCCAGUCCCCCUGUGACACCCCCAUCCGAACCCCAGGAGGCCAGUGCUGAGGACCUGUGUGCGCUCUGCGGCCAACACCUCUACAUCCUAGAACGCCUCAGUGUUGAGGGCCGUUUCUUCCACCGGAGCUGCUUCCGCUGCUGGGUCUGUGAGGUCACACUGUGGCCAGGGGCCUACGGGCAGCACCCAGAAGAUGGACAUUUCUACUGCCUCCAGCACCUACCCCAGCCAGGCCACAAAGAGGACAGUGGCCACAGAGGUCCUGCAAGUCAGGACCUUCCCACACCAGGGGAGAAUAACAUGCCAUCAGGACCCUCACCUCCCACAGCCCCCCAGGAGGAGACCGGUCCCGUCCCAAGCCCCAGCCAGCCCACCCGUCGGCUGAUCCGCCUCUCCAGUCCAGAACGCCAGCGGUUAUCCUCCCUUCAUCUCACCCCUGACCCGGAAAUGGAGCCACCACCCAAGCCCCCACGAAGCUGCUCUGCCUUGGCCCGCCAGGCCCUGGAGGGAAGCUUUGUGGGCUGGGGGGUGCCAGUCCAGAGCCCUCAAGGUAGCUGCCGCCCAGGGUGGGGUGGGGCUGGGCGGGUGGUAUUCCGAUUCCUGGAUGGGGGUGCUGGGGGUGGGAAGGGAGGUCGUGCAGAUCCCAGGCCAUGUCUCCCGCUCUCUUCAGUUCUUGCAGCUAUGGGGAAUGAGGAAGAAGAGAGUCCGUCCUCCAGUGAAGAGGAAGCAGAGGAAGAGGAAGAUGUGCCUUUGGACUCAGACGUGGAACAAGUUCUGUGGAACUUGGUCAAGAAUUCAGGCCCCAUGAACAAUUACCCAACGUGGCGUAGGACUCUGUUGCGCCGCGCUAGGGAGGAGCAGAUGAAGCGGUUCUGCAAGGCUCAGACCAUCCAGCGGCGACUAAAUGAGAUCGAGGCUGAUCUGAGGGAGCUGGAGGCCAAGGGCACGGAGCUGGAGCUGUCCUUGAGAAGCCAGAGCAGUUCCCCUGAACAGCAAAAGGCGCUCUGGUUGGAACAGCUGCUACAGCUCGUUCAAAAGAAAAACACCCUGGUGGCCGAGGAGGCUGAUCUCAUGAUCACGGUGCAGGAACUGACCUUGGAGGAGAAACAGUGGCAGCUGGACCAAGAGCUACGAACCUACAUGAACCGGGAAGAAACUCUAAAGACAGCUGCUGAUCGGCAGGCUGAAGACCAGGUCCUGAGGAAGCUGGUGGAUGUGGUGAACCAGCGAGAUGCCCUCAUCCGCUUCCAGGAGGAGCGCAGGCUCAGUGAGCUGGCCUCUGGGCCUGGGGCCCAGGGCUAGAAGAGGGUGGGGCUGUCUGUUUCUUCCUCUGCAAGGAGACCACCUCACCCCAGCAGAGUGCCACCCCACUCAUCUGGGCUGCCCAGGAGAGGCCUAACUAUUCAUAAUAAAAUUUCUACCCCCUA